CCUGCAGCCUUCUGUCUGUCUGUCUGCCUGUCUGUGUGCCUGCCUGUCUGUUGUUUUGUGUGCAUGUGGAAGCGGAGGAGCGCGUGUGCUGAGGUCCUUUUAACAAAGAUCCUCGACACCCUCUGUUUGUGAGAGCGUGUGUGGUGAUAAUUUGCACUUAUGAAAAAAAGGUAUUUAUUUUUAUUUAUCAAAGGCAGCCGUUCUUUUGAGCCAAAGAACUAUCUGGCUUUGUCCUGGAACUGAUCCAUCUGUCGCACAUUAUUUAGUUAGGUAGCUUUAGUUUAUUAUUCCUGAGAGAAGAUGUCCACCGAAUGCCAGAAAACAACUGCUAAGGCCAUUCCGUCCACAAAGAGAGUAACCAUCAACAACGCGGAUCACAUGCCCCACGACUACUCCACUACUCCCGGAGGGACCCUGUUCAGCACCACGCCGGGUGGUACUCGGAUCAUCUACGACCGGAAGUUCCUGCUGGAGUGUCGUAGCUCUCCUUUGGCAAAGACUCCUCCUCGAGGCCUUCCCACCAUUCCGGGGGUGACCAGUCCUCCAACCAAAGAGCCCAAUAAGAAGACCCUUAAUGGAGAAGUAGUGAACAAAGAUGCGGCGGACAGUAGCAGUGCUGGCGACGAUGCACAGUUUGAAAUGGAUAUCUAGGUGGAGCCAAUGCUGUGAAUGGAGUCUGGAACAUCCCUCACCAUUUCUACAGAGGAAGCGAUUUCCCGAAUUUCCAGAAUCUUGGUUAAAAAUUCUGUCUUUGAUACUCAUGAAUGCCUGAAGAUCACUUUUGUUUUAGUUUAUUCAAGGCCUAAAACUUAUUUGCUGAUGAUAAAGUGUGCCUUCUUGUAGUGGCAACAAGUUUUAACCGAAUCCAGAGAAGUACUUUACACCAACAAUGCCUCAUCAGUCAGCAGCAAGAAACUUUAGACUCAAAGUUUUCAUGAAUUCAGGAGUGUUCCAGAAGUUUGUUUUUUCCACUUAAUGCCACCUUUCUUCAAAUACUGCCUUUACAUGUUCAAAAAACUGUGGAAUUUGUCGGUCAUGUUCCAACGUGGAAAUCCUCCACCUGAAGUGUUGCACAAGAAUCGAAAGAUGAAUUUUUGAUUACAUUUUGAAGUUUCACACGGUUUGUAGGGGGGGGAUUUAAAAAAAAAAUGAAUAAAGAAAACACCCAAGAAAUUAA